AUGUCGGGCGCCGCUCAAGCCUACCUUGAGGACAUCAUCGUCCACGAAGCAUGGCCCGAAUCUCUCAACCUCCAGGGCGUGAGCGACUUCGACCCCAACGAUCCCCUCUACUGGGCCAUGGAGCACUGCCAGUCAGAACGACCCAAACCAGCAACUACAUGGAAAACGGCUGCUGGUAUCAUGGCUUCCGGAGAGGCCUCUACAUGUACCCGUGCGACGAAGCCGCAAGCUGGCAAGAAGCGAAAGGCCGAGAAGGAGCCCGAGGUUAGUACCGUCUCAAGCUUCUAG